AUGGCAGCUAGGACAUGCAUUGUACGCGCAGCGCGCCAAUUGAGCGCCAAUGCAGCGAAGAGGCCUGCGCCAUUUGUGUGCGCGCGCUGGGCGCAAGUGUCGCAGCAAAGGCAACGGUUAUUCUCGGUAUCUAACGCAUUGAAGGAGAAGAAAUACACAGAGGACCACGAGUGGAUUGAGAUGUCGGCUGAUGGCAAGACUUGCACCCUUGGCAUCUCCACUUACGCCGCCAAAGCCCUCGGCGACGUCGUCUUCAUCGAGCUCCCCGAAGUCUCCACCGCCGUAUCCGCCGGCGACGCCAUUGGCGCCGUGGAAUCUGUAAAAUCUGCCUCGGAUAUACUGACGCCCGUCUCGGGCUCUGUAGCAGAGGUCAACUCGGCCCUGGAAGCGAAGCCAAGCAAUAUCAACAAGGAUCCAGAAGGUGAGGCGUGGAUUGCGAAGAUCACGGUCGAGGGCGAGCCUGAGGGCAAGAUGAUGAGUCCCGAGGAGUAUAGGGCGUUUACCGAGGAUGCAUAG